AAGAUAGCACAGGCGUUAAAGAGGCACUUGAUCAGCUGAGUGAAGUUGGGUGGGCCAAAAAAUGGAGUUCUCAGCCAUAUGUGUCACGUCGUAUGGUCAGUCUCCAUUACAAACAUCUCUCCGGGAGCUGACAACUCUCGGAAUUAAAAACGCGGAAAAUCUAGCAAUCCCCAGUGUCAGAAAUGAUGCGGCUUUUCUGUUCACAGUGGUUGGGACAACUGGAUUCUUAGGUGUUCUUGCUGGCCAACUUCCUGGGGAUUGGGGCUUCUUUGUGCCAUACUUGACAGGGAGCAUCUCUCUAAUUGUCUUGGCUGUGGGCAGCGUUUCUCCAGGGCUUCUUCAAGCCGCCAUCGAUGGAUUCUCAUCUUUCUUUCCGGAUUAUCAGGAGAGGAUUGCUAGACAUGAAGCAGCUCAUUUUUUAGAAAAUGUUGUCUUUGAUGAUUUAGUUGCUUACUUGCUGGGCCUACCAAUUCUGGGAUAUUCUCUGGAUAUUGGAAAAGAGCAUGUUAAUCUCAUUGAUGAAAGGCUUGAAAAGCUGAUAUACAGUGGGCAGCUUGAUACCAAGGAACUAGACAGGUUGGCAGUGGUGGCAAUGGCUGGACUUGCAGCAGAAGGCCUUAAAUAUGACAAAGUGGUCGGACAAUCCGCUGAUCUGUUCACUCUUCAGAGACUUAUCAACAGAAGCAAACCACAGAUAAGCAAAGAACAGCAACAGAAUCUCACUAGAUGGGCUGUCCUGUUAGCUGGAUCUCUCCUAAAGACUAACAAGGAUUUGCAUGAGGCCCUCAUAACAGCAAUGUCACAGAAGGCUAAUGUUGUGGAAUGCAUUGAAGCUAUUGAGAAAGCAUCUUAAUUCUACAGCUAUUGAGACUCAGAGAUCAUCAGAUUUGCAUAAUAAUUUUUUUACUUCCACACUUAAAUUACCUUUAAUUUGCAGUGACUUUUAAUACUAUUUCCUGCCCGCAAGACCAGAAAGCUAUUUGUUUAUUUAACUUCUUUUUCUGUAUACUAAUUUUGAUAUGUACGAUGCA